CCCUGCAGCACAAUAAAAUGGCUAAUCAGGUGAAUGGUAAUGUGGUACAGUUAAAAGAAGAGGAAGAACCAGAAGAACCAAUGGAUACUUCCAGUGUAACUCACACAGAGCAUUACAAGACUCUGAUAGAGGCAGGCCUCCCACAAAAGGUGGCAGAAAGACUUGAUGAAAUAUUUCAGACAGGAUUGAUAGCUUAUGUCGAUCUUGAUGAAAGAGCAAUUGAUGCUCUCAGGGAAUUUAAUGAAGAAGGAGCUCUGUCUGUACUACAGCAGUUCAAGGAAAGUGACUCACAUGUUCAGAAAAAAAGUGCAUUUUUAUGUGGAGUUAUGAAGACCUGCAUAAGGGAGAAACAGGGUAGCAAGGUGCAAGAGUCCACAAAGGGGCCAGAUGAAGUGAAGAUAAAGGCGGUGCUUGAAAGGACUGGCUAUACUCUGGAUGUAACCACAGGACAGAGGAAGUAUGGUGGUCCUCCACCAGACAGUGUGUACUCUGGUGUACAAUCUGGCAUUGGAACAGAAGUCUUUGUAGGUAAAAUGUCAAGAGAUUUAUAUGAGGAUGAGUUGGUACCCCUUUUUGAAAAGGCUGGUCCCAUUUGGGAUCCAUGUCUUAUGAUGGAUCCACUGUCUGGUCAGAACAGAGGGUAUGCGUUUAUCACCUUCUGUGGGAAGGAGGCUGCACAGGAGACCAUUAAGCUGUGUGACAGCUAUGAAAUUCACCCCAGAAAACACCUUGGAGUGCGCAUUUCUGUGGCAAACAACAGGCUUUUUGUUGGAUCAAUUCCGAAGAAUAAGACUAAGGAAAACAUUCUGGAAGAAUUCAGUAAAGUCACAGAGGGUUUGGUGGAUGUUAUUCUCUAUCAUCAACCCGAUGACAAAAAGAAGAAUCGAGGGUUCUGCUUCCUUGAAUAUGAAGAUUACAAGUCAGCAGCACAAGCCAGAUGCCAGCUGAUGAGUGGAAAAGUAAAAGUGUGGGGGAAUGUAGUUACAGUUGAAUGGGCUGACCCUGUGGAAGAACCAGAUCCAGAAGUCAUGGCUAAGGUGAAAGUUUUAUUUGUGAGAAACUUGGCUACUAUGGUGACAGAAGAAAUAUUGGAAAAGUCAUUUUCUGAAUUUGGAAAACCCAAACGAGUGAAGAAGUUGAAAGAUUAUGCAUUUGUUCAUUUUGAAGACAGAGGAGCAGCUGUUAAGGCCAUGGAUGAAAUGAAUGGCAAGGAGACAGAAGGGGAAGAAAUUGAAAUAGUCUUAGCCAAGCCAUCAGACAAGAAAAGGAAAGAGCACCAAGCUGCUAGACAGGCUUCCAGAAGCACUGCGUAUGAAGAUUAUUACUAUCACCCUUCUCCUCGUAUGCCACCUCCAAUUAGAGGUCAGGGUCGUGGGGGGAGAGGUGGAUAUGGCUACCCUCCAGAUUACUAUGGCUAUGAAGAUUACUAUGAUGAUUACUAUGGUUAUGAUUAUCACAACUAUCGUGGAGGCUAUGAAGGUCCCUACUAUGGCUAUGAUGAUGGCUAUGCAGUAAGAGGAAGAGCAGGAGGAAGGAGAGGGCGAGGUGCUCCACCACCACCAAGGGGGCCGGGAGCACCAUCUCCAAGAGGUAGAGCUGGCUAUUCACAGAGGGAGGCACCUUUGGGACCACCAAGAGGCUCUAGGGGUGGCAGGGGUCCUGCACAACAGCAGAGAGGCUGUGGUUCCCGUGGAUCUAGGAGCAAUCGUGGGGGCAAUGUAGGAGGCAAGAGAAAGGCAGAUGGGUACAACCAACCUGAUUCCAAGACCAACAACGAACAGAACUGGGGUUCCCAACCCAUCACUCAGCAGCCGCUUCAGCAAGGUGGUGACUAUUCUGGUAACUAUGGUUACAAUAAUGACAACCAGGAAUUUUAUCAGGAUACUUAUGGGCAACAGUGGAAAUAGACAAGUGAGGGCUUGAAAAUGAUAUUGGCAAGAUCCGAUUGGC